GGACAGCCGGCGAAGUGAAGGAACACCGAACCCCAAACUGAUUGGAUUGGCUAAAGAAUUUGACAAUGUCGACGGUGUACGUAUUGGAGCCGCCGACGAACGGGAAAGUGAUAUUGAACACCAAUUACGGGCCGCUGGACAUUGAGCUAUGGCCAAAAGAAGCUCCGAAGGCCGUCAGAAACUUCGUCCAGCUUUGCGUCGAAGGUUACUACGAUAAUACCAUCUUCCAUCGGAUUAUCAAGUCCUUCCUCGUCCAAGGCGGCGACCCGACUGCCACUGGCCAAGGAGGCGAGAGCAUAUAUGGUGGUGUGUUUGCUGAUGAGUUCCAUUCACGUUUAAGAUUUAAGCAUAGGGGUCUGGUUGCAUGUGCUGGUGCUGGUUCACCAAAUACAAAUGGAAGCCAAUUCUUUAUAACCUUGGAUCGUUGUGAUUGGCUUGACAAAAAGCAUACUAUUUUUGGAAAAGUUACUGGAGAUUCCAUAUAUAACCUUCUAAGAAUAGGUGAAGUUGAGACUGAUAAGGAUGAUAGGCCAUUGGAUUCUCCCCCAAAAGUACUUUCCGUUGAGGUAUUGUGGAAUCCAUUUGAGGAUAUUGUUCCCAGGGUAGCCUCUUCAAAGUCCUCGCAGUCUUCUAAAGUUGAAACUGAGAAGAAAGACACCAAGCAGAAAGCUACAAAAAAGUUGAACUUGCUUUCAUUUGGAGAUGAAGCAGAAGAGGAGGAGAAGGAAUCGGCUAAUGUCAAGACCCGGAUUAAGAGCAGUCAUGAUGUAUUAGAUGAUCCACGUCUUCUGAAAGAGGAGAAUCAUACUGAUGAUGUGAAAGCAUCUGAAGUUAAAGCUACAAGGGAUAAGCAGUUGACAGUCAGAGAGGCUUUACGUUCAAAAAGGGAAGAACCACAGGGACAAUCAGAUGCCAAGUUGCCUGAAGUUUCUGAUUUUAGUGAUGAAGAUGAGGCUAACUUUGAUGCAAGGAUGCGUCAGCAGAUACUGCUGAAAAGAAAGGAGCUUGGUGUUCUUCCAACUGAACAAAAGAAGGAUAAGGGAGGUUAUGGUAGUGCAAGUCCAAGAAACCGGACAUUGUCUCCCCCAAGGUCCCAUGUAGAAAGUGAUGAUGACCGACCAAAGGUGGAGAAAUUGUCCUUGAAGAAAAAGGGACUGGGCUCAGAGGCUAGAGCUGAACUCAUGGCUAAUGCAGAUGCUGACCUACAGUUGAUGAACAAUGCUGAACGUGAAAGACAGCUACAGAAGCAAAAGAAGCGCAGACGCCAAGGACAUGAGGAUGAAGUGCUGAAGAGACUGGAAAAAUUCAAGGCAGCAUUUUCUUCCAAAUCCAAUGGAUUGAAAGAUGAAGAUGCAGGUGGUAAGGAUGAUGUACCAGAAUGGAUGGGGGUUCAGCUUAAGUUUGCUCCUGACCCUGUCAAGGAUAAUAUGUCUCGGAGCGAAGAUCCAAAUGACUAUGUGGUUCACGAUCCUCUUCUGGAAAAAGGUAAAGAGAAGUUCAACAAGAUGCAAGCCAGACAAAAGCGACGUCAAAGAGAGUGGGCUGGCAAAUCUCUUACGUAGAUACUGCAUCUGAUGACUUGUAAAAGUUUCCGAGUACCCAAAGAGAGUUCGUAGAUCCUGUAAAUGUAGCUACGAAGGUGAAUUUGCACCCAGAACACAUUUGUUGAUUAUUUACUAACAGCUUUGGAAAGAUAGGCUAAGCCAUGAGAUAACUACAAUUUUACAUACUUGUGGCAGUAUAGCAAUAGAUUUAUGGGCUAAUUUCACUUUGCACCUUA